CAGGUGAACAUGGAACUACGCCACGGGACUAGGAGUGGAUCAUGAAGCACGGUAGCCAGCUGCCUUUCUGAAGGGGAGAUUCCUGGGCGACAGAGGAGCCAGCUGGACUUGCAGGGAACUUGCUUUUGGCUGCCUGCUCCGAUCUUGCGCCUGCUGUUCUGCAUGUGAGAACGGCCCCCCUUCCGCCGCUGGGUCUCUCGGCUGUGAAAUAUGCCUCCUUUGACAUUUGCAGUUCUUCUCCAUGUCCUCUACAUGACCUUUCGACUCAUCACGGCGGUAGCUGACCAGUGCAGCGGGGGUACCAACAUUUUCACUGAGAUCCCGGAGAACAGUCCCUUUGGAACCUUGGUCUCCUACCUGACAUUCUUUGGUGACCGUGAGAGUGACACCAUCCACCUGCGCCUGAGCGGGCCAGAUGCUGAGUGGUUCUACCUGGACGGAAAGGCAGUGCGGUUGAAUGCCUCCGAGGAGAAAGUGCUGGACAGAGAGAUGCUGGAGUCUCCAGUUCUGAUGGUCUCCUUUACCUGCGUUGAAGACGGCUUCUCACCGGUCGAGUAUAGGAUCAUAGUCCAAGUGAUGAACGAGAACGACAACAAACCACAGUUUCGAGAUGAGACCACCUUGGCACAAAACAUUAGCGAGCUGGCCGCAGUGCAUUCAGUCCUGUUCAGCACCCAGGCGGAAGAUGCGGACGGAGAUAUUCUCAUGUAUGUGAUCGACAGCACCUCGGCUGAUGCCAAAUACUUCCGGAUCGACCUGCCAAACAGUGGCAAGAUAGUCCUGGCCAGAGCACUGGAUUUUGAGACUAAGAGGCACUUGGAAGUGAUCGUUCACGCUGUGGAAAUGAACACCAAGGAAAGGUAUAACUCCUCGGCCAGGAUCCACGUCAAUGUCAUGGAUGGAGAUGACCAGUACCCCCAGUUCUUGCCGUGUAAUUUCCUCUCCCAUGAUGGGGUCAGCGUUUGUGUCAGCCCCGUCUACACUACAAACAUCACAGAAAGGGAGAUCAAGACAGGUCCCCUCCUCUUCCUGCCUGGUGCCAUUCAUGCUGAGGACGGAGACCAUGAGCUGAAGACUCCACUCAUAUACUCUAUUUUGGCAGGGACAGACCAUGGCUACUUCCACAUUGACAACAUUACGGGCGCCAUCACCAUGUUGCGGCCUGUGGAGAGCAGGAUCCACACACCGAUAUACAGCCUCAGCAUCAUGGCUUCUCAGGUGAAUGAUGCCAAGAAAUACACAGUGACGGAGGUGCGUGUGCGAGUCCUGGCAGCUAACAGUCACCCUCCGCACUUUGGGCAGGCCCAGUUCCAGGCCUUCAUUCACCAAGACGACAACACAGCUUCCCUUGUGCUGACCUACAGUGGACGGGUUUUGUUCCUGAAUGUGGUUGACGUGGACUUUGCUGACGGUUUCAACCCCUUGAUUCACUACAGCUUGAAGCGCCAGUCAAAUCAUUCGCAGCUGUUCCAGGUCACCCCAAGCGGGCUCAUCGUCGCUCGCACCAACCGUCUGCAUGCUCUUGAGAGAUACACCUUACAGAUUAUUGCACGAGACGAAGAAUCAGGGGAGACUGCCAGCACUGCUGUCUAUGUGGAGGUGUUGAGACCAGGCCAGGCAGAUUUGGAGACCAUUGACGAGGAUAGCAGCCAGAUAGCCUAG